UCAUCAAUGUUGGACUGUUUACAUUGAGCAUGGCGAGGCGCUGAAGUUGUAUUCGCUUACUGUUUUGUUUUGGCCACUCUGCGUGUACCUGAGGGAGGAUGACCAUGGAUAUGACUUUCCUCGGGACCGGCUCGGCCUACCCGUCCCCUCACCGCGGGGCCUCGGCUCUGGUUCUGCGGACGGACGGGGAGUGUUGGCUGUUUGACUGCGGGGAGGGGACCCAGACCCAACUGAUGAAGAGCCAGCUGCGAGCCGGUCGAAUCACCAAGGUCUUCAUCUCCCACUUGCAUGGAGAUCAUCUGUUUGGCCUGCCUGGUCUUCUCUGCACUGUGAGCCUCAACACCAACCCAGACCCCCAGCAGAACCUCAACUGUGUGGAAAUCUACGGGCCCCGGGGCCUCCGCCACUUUCUGAGGGUGACACUUGGCCUCACUGGAUCCCAGCUGCUCUUUCCUUACGUAGUUCACGAGCUGGAGCCCACAGAGGACCAGAGUCCAGAGGAGGGACAGCUCAGCCAAGAGGUGACGGCGGAUUACGGCCCUCUGCACCCUCAGGAGCGGCCGGGCAGGACCAUCGCUCUGGACGUCUCGAGUGACUCUUACUUCCUGUUUGAAGACAAGAGGUUUGUGGUGAAGGCCUUCAGGUUGUUUCACCGCGUGCCCUCCUUUGGUUUUUGCGUCCACGAGCGAGAUCGACCUGGAAGACUGAACACUGAGGUCCUGAAAGAACUAGGCUUGAGACCAGGACCUCUUUAUGGGCGGCUGAAAGCUGGCGGGUCUAUAACUCUGGAGAGUGGGCGUGUGGUUGAGCCGAGCGAGGUGAUGGAAGAAGCCAUCCCCGGGAGGAAAGUCUGUGUCCUAGGAGACUGCAGCUCAGUUCUCGGGGAGGGGCCGCUGAGUCUGUGCAGAGGAGCGGACAUUCUGGUUCACGAGGCCACACUGGGGAACGAGCACAGAGAGAAAGCGGUGGACCACGGACACAGCACGCCGGACAUGGCGGCGGCGGUGGCCCGGGCUUGCUGUGUCCGGAGGCUGGUGCUGUACCACUUCAGUCAGAGGUACAAACCCUGCUCCCUGCAGAGGGAGGGCGACGAGGACGACAUGUCAGAGCUCAAGAGACAGGCUGAAGACGCUCUACAGGACAGCGGUGUAGAAGUGACUCUGGCUGAGGACUUCCUGACUUUACCCAUUCCUCUCCGGAGAUGAAGGACAUGAUGUACUGGUUUAGUGCUUCCAUCAAAAAGAACAGCGGUCUGUUUACUGUGUUAGUGUACGGGGCACUUUGAAAGGUAAGCAUGUUGAGUACACACCCAUACAUAACAAGCACACUUUGUUUUCAUUCAUUUAGGAAUGCUAAAUUAGCUUUACAAUGAGCUAAUCUUUUAUAAUCGAUAAUCUCUCAUUAAAGGUAAAUUGGCGAAACAAUCUCAGCUCAAAGUCAAACUAACAGCUUCUAAUGUUUCACCAUCAUCGUAUGGAGCUCGGGCUCAUGAAAGCGAGACCAAGAUGUUUAAAUGUUGAAUGUUUCUGAGAACUUCUGAAGUGUCUUGUCCAGAUUCUCUUUCAAAUUGAGUUUGAAAUUGAAAACUCAGCUCAAGGUCCACCUACUGGGGCGCUGGUGGUGCAGAGAGCGCGUGCCCCAUGUAUGGAGGCUGUAGUCCUCCAAGCGGGCGGUCCAGGUUCAAAUCUGGAACUUUCCAACUCUAUCCACUGUCCUAUCUCUCUAAUAAAAGCACAAAUUGCUCCAAAAAAACUUUCUUAUAAAAAAAAAAAGGUCCACCAACUGCCUUUAAUCAACAUCACACAUCAUCACCAGGGCCCAGUAGUUCAAAUGUUUUAUUCUGGAUAAGAAGAAUCUGGAUUAGGAAAUCCACUGUUCUUCUUUUUAAGUUAAGUUAAUCAGGGGAAACUGGAAAGGAUCAACCUGAUACAGAUACAGUGUUUCAGGGAUUACUAAAUCUGGAUCACCAAUUCUUUAAAUGGAGGCUUCGUAUUUUGACCACAGGGAUAUCAAAAUCCCUCUGACCAAGUUCCUCACAGCCUAUUUUUAUGACAUACUUCAUGUUUCAUAUUCACAGCUAUUUGGUGAAAUAUUUUAUGGAGAGGAAAGCCUUCAUUUUUUUCACAGACUAAUGUCUACUUUAUUCACUGUAACAACACAACUUUCAAGUGCAAAAUAUGAUGACUACGUCUAAAUUAUCAACAUAGUAAAAAUAUUUUACCUUCCUCUAAUCAGCCUGAUUAUUCUAUUCCAACUCUCAAGUUUAAACUCCACAAACUGGAGAUUUUAUCCAGAUAAAAACAUAAGAUUGGAUUACCCGACCUGUUGAUCUUAAUCUUUGGAACAAUCUGAUUUCUAGAGUUGAUCCUACUCGAUGACUUUAAUCUGAACAAAUCACUCUAGAACAAUUGGGCACUCGAUUGAAAGAGAUGCACGGUGUAGCUCAACUGGAAGAGUUUCUUUUUUAAGUUAUGAACCUCUUCCUGCUUCUCUGCAAAACAUCAUCAUGCUGAAGGAGGUUAUACAGCGAUUGUGCUGCAAACUCCAGAACAAAGAAGUCAGUGGAAAUAUGCUGACAUCAUUUUUUCCUCAGAAGUUGUACUGAUUGUAAUCUGUUUCUAUCAAGCUGCAGUUUCUUCACUCUACAGUCUUCUAUUUUCUGUCAGCUUACAUUACAAACACUUGGUGCUGAAACCAGAACUGUUCAAACUGAAUGGUUUUUUUUUCUUCUUUUACAUUUUCAGUGUGAAUAAAUAAAUAAUAAAUAAAGAACAUGUGAUCAAUUGUGAACCUUUUCCAGAGCUUUAUUUCUGGAUCUGUACACAAGGUAUUAAAGUACAACAGAAAAUACAAAAUAAUGUUUAACAAAAGAAAAAAAAACAACUCAAUGUUUAUG